AUGGAGAAAUUAGAUGAUGAUACAAUAAGUAAUUUAUUGGCUGUUGAUUGGCAUUUGAGUGAUGAUGAAUUAGAUUUUAGUGAUGUAGAAGAUUUUGUAGAAGAGAAAAAUGACUCUGAAGAUGAAGAAUUAGAAGAUGUUUACAUGGACAUUUAUAAUUUACCUGUUGAAAGUGUAAUUGGGAAUAAUGUAGAUGAUCAAAUAGGAGAUAUUGAUAUUGAGAGCUUGCCUAUUGAAAUUUCCCAAGACAAUGAUGAAAAUAUAGUUUUAUCACCAUCUGUUAGAGUAAUACCCACUAGGAAGAAUAUAAAACAGUACCCAACAGUUCCUCAGACCACAUAUGUGCCUCCCCCGAAGUCUAAAAAUUUACAAAAUAUUAAAUGGAAAGUUGGAAAUUUAAUAACCCCUGACCAAUUUGAUGUGAAUAAACCAGUAAAUAUAACUAAAACAGAAUUAAAUAGAUACAUAGGAAUUCUUUUGUAUGCAUCUGUAAUACACGUACCAAAUAUUCGUGAUUAUUGGAGUACUGAACUUGAUUUCCCACAAAUAUACKAAGCAAUGUCCUUAAACAGAUUUGAAACAAUACGUCGUUUUUUACAUUUUAAUAAUAAUAAUACAAUGCUUGAUAGGGGUGACCCAAAUUUUGAUCGUCUACAUAAAAUUAGGCCACUAGUAGACCAUUUAAACUCUAAAUAUUCAAGUAUUCAAUGCAGGGAAUAUCUAUCUGUAGAUGAGCAACUUUGUGCUAUAAAGGCUCGAAGCUAUCUCAAACAAUAUCUUCCAGCAAAGCCCCACAAAUGGGGUUAUAAGUUAUUUGUGUUGUGUGAUGACGAAGGCUUUUCGUACAAAUUUGAAAUUUACACUGGUCAAGAGAAUGAGGCAAGGUUUCKUCGUCAAAACGAACCAGAUUUGGGUGCUAGUGGUAAUGUAGUUAUAAGACUUACAAGAGAUGUGCCACAGUACAAAAAUUAUAAAAUAUACUGUGAUAACUACUAUUCUAGUAUUCCUCUUAUGGAAUAUCUUUAUCAAAAAGGAAUAUAUGCUUUGGGAACAGUACGGCGAAAUAGACUGCCAAAUUGUCAACUACCAAAUGAUAAACAAAUCAAAAAAUUAUCAAGAGGCUCAUCAAUUGAACAGGUAACCUCCUAUGAAUCUGCACCUAUAUCAGUAGUGUUGUGGAAAGACAACAAGACAGUGACUCUUUUAUCUACGUAUUGUGGAGAACUUCCAAAAGUAACAAAAAAACGGUUUGAUAAAAAACUAAAAAAACAAGUUGAAGUUGAUUGCCCACAUUCGAUAAAAGAAUAUAACCGUCACAUGGGAGGUGUAGACCUCCUCGACAGCCACAUUGGUAGAUACAAAAUAAAAAUUAAAUCACGUAAAUGGUACAUACGACUUUUUUAUCAUUUAUUGGAUAUGACCGUUGUCAAUUCGUGGAUAUUGUAUAAAAGAGUAUGUGAAGUUAAAGGUCAGGUUUCUCAAUACACACUUGCUGGAUGGAGAAAAGACUUGGCCUAUACAUUUUCUAAAUUUGGAGAAAUUAGACCAACAAAAGGAAGGCGAUCAAGCUCACUGGAAGUAAAAAUUAAAAGUACUCGUCCACAAUCAUUUCGACCAACAAAAGACAUAAGGACAGAUAUGAUAUCGCAUUGGCAAACGAGUUGGUAG